ACGGUUCUUAUCUGAUAAGACAAUGAUAAGAGUCCCUCGCAUCUGGUUGUUUGGAAUUUCACGUUCUUUCUCAAAGUGUAGACACCCUGCAGAGCAAUUGAAAACAGCAGAAAAUUUUGCGACAGAAGGGAUGCAUAAGAUCUUCCCGAAAAAGAUGAGAGCUCCACGUAAUUUGAAAUUCACUGUGGUGGGGGAUAAAGCCGUAGGAAAAACAUGCCUCCUCAAGACAUAUGUCUACGGAACUUUUCCACCUGGCCCAUAUGUUUCCACUGUUUUUCCGUAUGUAGAAGAUGAGGAGUACGUGUACAGUAAAACGGUCGAUUAUUCAGGCACUUCCUUGUUGCUGGCUAUGUGGGACAGAGUGUACAGUAUUAAAGAGGAUGAUUCCUUAAGAUCUCUGCAAUAUGAUAAGACAGAUGUGUUUCUUCUCUGCUUCAGCGUAGAGGAUAAAACUUCUUUUGAAAAUGUUUGGAAGAUCUGGCAACGAGAAAUAAAAAAGUUUUGCUGCCAGACGUGCUGUCUCCUAGUGGGUUUAAAGAAGGAUUUAAAUCCAUGUGUGACCCGUAGCAUGGGGCGAGAUAUGGCACACAAAAUAGGGGCUGUUUCUUAUGUCGAGUGUUCAGCGAAGACGAACGAUGGCCUGAAACACGUGUUUGAGGUAGCUGUGCAGACAGCUAUGGGAUGCCCCCCUUCUCCUCCAAUCAACAAAAAGAAAAAUAAGCUAUGUGAAUCUCGUCUUCGCAGGCUCAUUAAACUUCUGUAACCUUUUCCAUAAUGGGAUGGACAUUCAAUCUUCGAAAACGUAGAGGAAGGUAUUCGAAACUGCCUCAAGAUACUGGAAGAAACAGAUUACACCAUGGGAAGAAGAGCGAAAUGAAAUUCAACUGAAGUUGGACAGCAAUGGUCUGGAGCUAAUAACCGCCGAUUCCAUCUUUUUAUAAACUGAUUUGAUUGUUCUUAAUGUAUCAAAUUCAGUAUUUAGAGGAAUUCUAAAUCACGUGGUAUGGUUUGAAUGCCAAAGAUAUUACUAGAGAAAUGACAGGCAGGUAGGUCAAAGGUAGAAGGACUAUUCGAAUUAGUGAUAUUUAUUUGGUAUCUCUGCACUAGAUAUUAAAUUUACUCUUAGAAAACGAUAGUCUUGUGUGGAUAGUAAACUCGUAAAAAUAAGUCAGAUACGAAAAUAUUUGGCCUGCAUUAAAGGUCGGAAUUUGCUCGUUGAAAUGAGACCAGAAAACAUAAAGAGAAUUUUAUUUAUUUUAUCUGAAGAUGAUUUACAUAGAAUUCUAAGUCACUUUACAUUUUUUAAUUAUAAGACUAUUCCAGAAUUAAUUAAACAAAACAAUAGGUAGAUUUUCAAAUACCACCUUGUAAAGUGCAUUUUGCAAGUUGAAUAUACUUGUUCCUCAUGACGAAAAACAUUUUUUUAAAGAUUUUAAAUAGAAAGAAUAUAGCAAUCCUUUCCUUUCUAUAAAUCUGUUGAAGAAUAUAAUAUAAAGAAAGGCAUAUCAAAACGUUAAGCAAUAUUAGAGAAAAGUCGAUUAAAACUUAAGUUAUCCAUUAGUUUGCUCUAUGUACCUUGAACUUCUCUUUAGUGAAAUUUUUCAAUUCUGCCUGUCAAUCGAAGUAAUCAUUACAUCAAGUUUUUCAAUCAAUCUUCAAGACAAAUCAUUCGUUCCAUCAGGGUGUCAUCACUUUGUUUUAUCGUCUUUUUGUUGCAUUUGUAUCUUUUAAGUCAUAUGACUAAUAAAACAAUUAUUUAUGAAUUAA